UAACACAAUUUCACCACCAAACGCUGUUUCAGGAAGUGCACCAAACCUGAGCUCCAUGAAGACAUGGAUGUUGGUGUGAAGAUUUGUGUGGAAGAAAUUGAGUGUCUUGCAAGGUGCCCUGACAUCCUCAACCGCAAUGAACAUUUUUGAGAUGAACUGGACCUGAAGACCCUCUUUACCAUCAGCGUCUGAUCUCACUAACGCAUGUGCUGAUGAUGAGUGAAGACGAAUUCCCCAAAAUCCAGUGUAUAGAGCAUGUCAUGUGACCUGCUAAAGCACAAAUUAUAAUUUUAAUUACAGUACACUGUGGAACACGCCCCCUACAGUGCAAACACACACAUGUCCAGAAAGCUAAUCCUGUCUUAACAAUACUGUAUAUAAAUAGACCCCAUAAUGUAUUCAGUGAUCUUCAUGAUGGUCAAUUAGAAGGUCAUUAGAGGACAUACAGCACAUUGCUAAGUGUAAUGCUAAUGCCAGUGAAUCAAGCUAAGAUGACCAUCACUAAUCUUGGAAAAGUGUUUCCAGGAAUGCUGGAUCAUCGUAUACAAGUUCGAUUUUUAAAGUUGAAUGACGUCAUUGUUCGCAUUAUUUCCCGAAGGAAACAUAGAAAUCCUUCAUUUGUUUCUGGAUGUGAAGCUUCAAAAAGCUUUGCAUGGUUUGUGAGUAUAUUAUCAUCCGUCUCCAAUUCUCGUCUCUCCUGCGGCUGUGAAAACUAGCUUCCUGUCCUAGCCACCCCCCUCGUGGUUUAUAAGUGUCUGCUUAGCUAGCAGUGUGUCAUUAACGGACAGAAAACCCAUCAUGGUGAAGGAGCUCAGGACCGGCGCUCUUUGGCGAGCUGUGGCAGCCGAGUUAAUUGGGAUGACGCUUUUUGUUUUUAUAGGGAUCGCGUCGGCCAUCGGGACUGCGGGUGAGGGCGGGCCAGAUCAGGAGGUGAAGGUGGCGCUGGCGUUCGGACUGGCUAUCGCAACACUGGCUCAGAGUCUGGGCCACAUCAGCGGCGCUCACCUGAACCCGGCCAUCACCGUGGGGCUGCUGGUCAACUGUCAGAUCAGUGCCAUUCGUGCAUUUUUAUACAUCAUAGCGCAGAUGUUGGGGGCAGUGGUGGCCAGUGGCAUCGUUUACGGUAUUCGCCCUAAAGAUGUCAAAGCUCUGGGACUCAACCAGGUUGCUGAAAACAUGACUCAAGGGAAGGCGUUCGGUGUGGAGUUCCUGGCCACCUUCCAGCUGGUGUUGUGUGUGUUAGCAGUGACGGACAGCCGGAGGAACGACGUGAAAGGAUCUGCGCCUCUUGCCAUCGGGCUCUCCGUGGGGUUGGGACACCUGGUGGCGAUCAGCUACACGGGAUGCGGCAUCAACCCUGCUCGCUCCUUCGGACCUGCUGUCAUCAUGAAGUCCUUCAAGAAACACUGGGUAUUCUGGGUGGCCCCGAUGUUGGCUGGAGUAUCAGCUGCUCUCCUGUAUGAUUUUGUGCUGCAGCCUCACUCUGAGUCCUACAGGAAGCGUCUCAGGAGGGUUCGAGGAGGAUCUGAGGGAGAAACAUCUGCUCUGAUCGAGGCGCCUGGAAGCAGCGAGUCUCAGUGGCCAAGACACUGAACUGUGACCCUACCACGUUACAUCAACACCUAAAAGAAACCCCUGUAACAGCAUAAUGUACGGCUGUGUGUGUGUGUGUGUGUGUGUGUGUGUGUGUGUGUGUGUGUGUCUGUGUGUGUGUCUGUGUGUGUGUGUGUGUGUGUGAGUCUGUAUGUGUGUGUGUGUAUGUGUGUGUGUGUUGGGAUGUGAUGAUGUUUCAUCCCAAUUUCCUGAAGAUCUGUGGAAGAAGAAAUGUAAGCCAAAAAAAGUCCUUUUUUUUUUUUUUUUUUCUGUAUUGUGUGAUGUUAAGGGAUGAGUUCAGUGCAACAUGUACAACUACACAACUGUACAAAUACACAACCCUGUUACACACAUCAUACACUUACAUUUAUAUAUAUAUUUUACAUUUUCCCCUCUAGCAGCAAUUUCACAAAUAAAAAAAUCUAAUUGUGCAAAAAAAA